AUGGCAGACUCCGCUGGGAUGGGCAUCAGUCAUCCUAGUGCAAAACUUCUCUCCCUUAGCAGUCCUUUGAUAACUUGGAUAUUUCAGUUGCUAGAAGAUGAAAGGACAUCUCAGCAACUAGAAAUGAAAGCAGAAACUUCCAAGAAUCAGACUGUGAAGUAUUUAUAUGAGACUGUGGCAAAAUUGAUAAAGUCAGCAGAAGUUCCAAGUUUAGUAGCAGAAGUUAAAGCUUUAUUUGAAGCAAGCAAUCGACAGAGUGAGUGCAUUUUAAAUUUGCCUAUGGAAGACACAUGCUGGUGCAUUGGUGAUUGGGAAUACUCACAGCAUCAAGAUGAAAGAACUAUGCGAUUUGUGGGAAUUCUAGAUCUGACCACCUCACAACAAGUGACACAGAUGACCAGCCUUAUAUACAAAUCUGAUAUGUCCUACAAAGAUCAAGCCAUGCAGUUAUUGUAUUAUGCCUGUUUAAAUCCUGUGAAAAAGUGCCCAAGACGUCCACAUUAUGUGAAACUAUUGAAUACACCAGAAGCCAGAAAUGUAACACUGGAUCUGACCAGCCUUGGGGUUAACUUUCUUGAUUCAAAUAUGGAAAUGGAUGGUGAUCUGAACAAACCAGCUGAAGAAAGUUCUGUUUGGUUUCGCAGGUGUUUCAGCUGUGGCAUUCGAGGAACACCAGACAUGUUUACACCAUGCUCUGAGUGCAGUGCAGUAAUGUACUGUGAUCGUGAGUGCCAGGUAAACUCCUGGAAACAGCGGCACAAAAAAUGGUGUAAAAAGUUCAAGCAAUUCAUGAAAAUGGAACAUCAGCUUGCAGAGUUUCCUUUUACAUUUUCUAAAACUUCUACAAGUCUGAACUUUACCAGAGAAAAGUUGAAAUGUUUCUUAGAAGAAAAUGAUGUGUACAAUAAAGGCUUGUGGAGACGUGAAUGUCCAUCGUAUAGAGGAACCAAGGCUGAUAUUCCAUUUGACCUUUGGAGAGCUGGAAAUUAUUAUAACUACAGGGGUUUCUGGUUAGAUUCCCCCAUUGCAGGACUGCUCCAUUACCCUUUGACUUUGUAUUGGAUUAUUGUGAGCUGGCUGCCUGAGCAUUAUGUAGACGUAUUCAAGAAGAUGAAAACAUCUGGCUGUCUUCAAGUGCAUAUUAUAGGAGCUGAAAGGGAAGCUGAAAUGUUUGAUCCUUUUCUGGAGUGUGCUCGAUUACUGGCGCCCAUUCAUCUGCACUUACAUUUGUUUGGCAAUGAAUUGUCCAAACAUAUCCACAACAAUUGCCAGACCAAAGAGAAUCUGACAUUCCAAGUCCAUUGCAGCCUUUACCAUGAAUAUCAGCUGUUGGAGCUGCCAGCUCCUGAUCUGGCCGUAGGUUUCAAUGCUGGACUCAGUGCUUACAGCACAUUCAUACAGACUGUCAAGUUACUGCUUGAAGAGAGGACUGCUUUCUUCUGUACAGACUACUGCUACUACAGUGUUGUUCAUUCUCAGAGAGCACUCUCUAACAGCCAUAUAGGCAGAAUGCUCCAUCCAGUCAUCAAUCCUUUCCGCAGUCCUUUUCGCCUGCCAGCAGAAGAGGUCAACUUUCCUCGCUACAGUAAUGCUUUCAUAUUCUGCCUGAAACCUUACGAUGAUAAUGUUAAAGAACCAAAUACAUGGGAAGGUAUUGUCAGUAAUAUCGUGUGA